UCAGUGCCUAGCCUAAGGGGUGCACUUCACCCAUCACCUUAGGCAUCUACCCCUCCAGAACCCCAGCCCUGGCAAGUAUCACAGGCUCAAAGUGGAAAGCCCCCCUCCUGACUCUCCACACUGCAGAGGCUCCCCCUACCACUCCCAUGCCUUGCUCUUGCCCUCUAGUCCACUGAGGGCUAUUGUACAACCCGAAAGGCCCUAUGUACUGCCCCCACAUAGAGCCUUUACCUGGCUCAUCAGUGGCCAAGGACACAGCCCACAGCUCUCAGUCAGACCCCCCCGCAUCCCCACUGAUGGCUAAAAUGCUGGUGGAGGAGCUGCUCCCUGAUUCCAAGGGCAAGUUCUCACAAGCGCACUCCUCACCCCUACAACGCCUUUAUCUGUGAAACCCCUCUGAUGACCAGGCAUACCUGAGGUGCUAACAUGAUGCUGAGCUUCUGUUUGCACGUGUUGGGCUGUGACUAAGGGGAUUGACUCCAAGUUUUCUGGGUGCCAGGGGUCACAGGGCUCAUGUGGGGAGAGAUGACAUGACACAUUUAUCCAGCAGACUUUUGCUGAGCACCCACUGAGUGUCAGCCCAGGUGCAGGGUGCUAGUGGGAGCAUCCUGCCUUGGGAGAGAAUGGCUGAGCUCCCCUGGAGCUUUGGAACUGUUAGAAUCUGCCCAACCCCUGGGGAGGGUCUACUCCAGGCUGGACAUCCCUGGGUCCCUGAUUAUGCUUUUUCCCUCAGUAUUGUAUUAUGAAAAUUUUAAAACAUAAAAUCUGGAAAAAAGUUGAACACCUAUAUACCCACUGCAGACUUUACAAUUAGUAUUUUGUUAUAUUUGCUUUACCACGAAUCUAUCUAUCCUUCCCUCUAGUCAGCAAUUAACUCAUCUUAUUUUUUUGACUGAUGUGUUCUUGAAUCAGCCAAAGCCCUCACACCCCUAGAAGGAGGCAAGCCAACUUACCUGUUGCAGCUUUGCACAUAGGGGUGUCUUCUCUCCCUCGGUUCAGGCUCAGCUUGGGGCUCUACAGUGAAUGGACUGUAGAUACCAGGGGCUUGUCCAUGGGAGCCCCAAUGCCUGGAGGCUGAGACUUGAUGGCUGUCAUCCUUCCACCCCUGAUCUCCAUCCAGGAUCGGCCAGUCACCAAGGGCUCAUACCUUGCCCUCCUGUGCACAAGGCCCCUCCUAGGUGUAUCAUCUCACCACGAACAGUGUGGGCUUUGGAGCCAGACAGAUGAAGGUUUGGGUCCAAACACACCAUGUGGCAGGAGAGUCAGCAUCUCCCUGAGCAAACCGUGACACCAAUUCCAAGUUGAUGAGGAAUCACUGAGGUGAUAUGUUAGGAUUUGCAACCCGCCAGCACCCCCAUCCUGGCCCUGGCCCUUCCACAGCAGAGCUGGUGCAGGUGGACAUUCCCUCUACCAGUAAGGAACACCCCUGGGUGCUGAGCAGGCUUCUCUGAGUCUGGUGCUCCUGAUAGCCCUGGGAGACUUCCCUGAUCCCAGGCACCAGGUGGUUACCAUAAGUCUUAACCAUGAGUCCUUGGUACCUGGUGCUCAACAUUUGGGAUGUGAGGUGGUUCAGGGAUCCAGUCAGGGGCCAGGCUUUGGGGGGUGGAGGAGGUGAGAGCCUCACACCUGGGCACUGUCUGAUAAGUCAAGGCCUGGGUGGAGGACCUUGACCUAAAGCGACCCUCCUCCUGACUAGAGCAUGGCAGGGAGCUGAACCUCCACAGCUGCCUGGCCUCAGUCCUGGGACUUUGGCUCAAGGAUGAAGAGAACCAUAAAGCCAGGCCCAGUUCUCAACCUCAUGCCUGCCACAAUGUUGCUGCUCAGCCUCCUCCUUACCCUGGUCCUCCUUGGCUCCUCCUGGGGUUGUGGCGUUCCUGCCAUCAGACCGGUGCUGAGCUUCAGCCAGAGGAUUGUCAAUGGGGAGAACGCAGUGCUGGGCUCGUGGCCCUGGCAGGUGUCCUUGCAGGACAGCAACGGCUUCCACUUCUGCGGUGGUUCCCUCAUCAGCCAGUCCUGGGUGGUCACUGCUGCCCACUGCAAUGUUGUCCCUGACUGCCACUUUGUCAUCCUGGGCAAGUACGACGUAUCAUCCAGCACUGAGCCUUUGCAGGUUCUGUCCAUCUCGCGGGCCAUCACGCACCCUUUCUGGAACCCCACCACCAUGAACAACAAUCUGAUGCUACUAAAGCUCGCCUCCCCAGCCCAGUACACAACACGCAUCUCAGCAGUUUGCCUGCCUUCCUCAAAUGAGGUGCUGCUUGAAGGCCUCACGUGCACCACUAGCUGCGGCCGCCUCAGCGGUGUGGGCAGUGUGACUCCCGCACGCCUGCAGCAGGUGGUUCUGCCCCUGGUCACCGUGAGUCGGUGCCAGCAAUACCGGGGCUCACGCGUCACCAACUCUAUGAUCUGUGCAGGGGUCGGGGCCUCCUCGUGCCAGGGUGACUCUGGAGGCCCACUUGUCUGCCAGAAGGGGGACACGUGGGUGCUCACUGGUAUUGUCUCCUGGGGCACCAAUGACUGCAACGUGCGCGCGCCUGCCACGUACACUCGGGUUAGCAAGUUCAGUACCUGGAUCAAUCAUAGCCUACAACCGAGCCCACCACAGGCCCUCUUCCCAUCUCAGUCCAAUAAAGACCCCAGGCUCUGUCCUCUUGUGUAUGCCUGUCUGUCGUCCUGGUUCAGGGAAAAGGAGAGGCUCUUGGGGGCCCCACUCCCCAAGCGGACUUUGUCUUCUGGCACGGCAGGUGUUGAGGAGUCAGCAUCCUCCUAG